UCAUCAUCACCAUCACCAUCAUCAACGUCUUCGUCUUCUUCUGAUGAUGGCAAUGGCAAUGGUACAGGACAUGGUGGGCAUGGUUUCGAAGGUCCUUCUUUGACUCGUAGACGUGGCAAUAACGAAAUCUGGCCCGGUCCUUUUAUCGAAGAUCUUGCUGUAAGAGUUGCCAUUGAUGCUUGUCGAUACAUUGGCCGCCUUGCUGCUGCUGCUGCACUUGCCACUUUGUUUCGGGUUUGUUCCACGUGGCAAGCAGUAUCGCGGUCUGAUCCACUGUGGCAGCGUCUUACUAGCUCCAUAUGGGGUCGCACCCACCGCAUGCACGCCACGUGGCAUGAGGAAUACGUAUACUGUCAUCAAACGUCUCAGAAUUUUCGUCUUGGGAGAUCGGUUCACGAGACUCUCCAUUUCGAUCCGACAGGCGUCGAUAUCUCCGAUGGGUUGAUUUGCCGUUGUCUUACCCUCUCCGACACGCACCUCGCUUGCGGUUUCGCCGAUGGUACCAUACGCCUCUUCGAACUCGCCACCCGCCUCCACGUUGGCACCUUCCUCCCCCAACACGGAGACCAUUUCGGCCGCUUCUCACGCGCCGUAUCCGGCAUAAUCAUCUCGGACCCCAGGGUGAUAUUCGCCACGUUGGACGGAGACAUCCACGUGGCCAUCAUAGACGGGCAGCAACAGGCGCGCAGGGCUCACGUAGGAAACAUCGUCGACGACGGUUCGUUGGUGGAUUUCACCGGGUGUGGGCGUUGGUGGGUAGGGCUUUACGCCGGUGUACCUGGCCGUGCUAUCCACAUUUGGGAUGGAAACACCGAAGAUCUCGUCUACAUGAACACAACCUUAACCGACCGAGAAUCAUUGAGGGGUUGGCACAUGUUGACGGGGCUAACCGAAACUGUCGGUCGAGUCAGGGUAACUCAUCGGGAAACGGCGGUUGCUUGUACGAGUAAUAGGUUCAUGGUGUUAGACUUGAGAAACCCAGAGUUUUCAUUGCAUGACCGUGAGAGUAGGAUAGGGCUGAUGGUGAAUUCGUUGGAUUCCAACAACGAGGCGUUCAUCACUGUGGACAACCGUGGCAGGGCAACGGUGCGGCGGGCGGAGACAUUAGAUGAGGUAUGUAGAUUCAACACACGGUUAGGGAACAUAAUGAGUUGCAUGAACUUGGGGUACGCGGUGAUGUGCGCAGGUGGUGUAAUAAGGGUAUGGGAAAUAGAGCAUGGGCAAUACUUGUAUAGCUUCGGCGAGAACGUAGGGGCCGUGAAUGCGAUGGUGGCAGAUGACCGGCACGUUGCGGUGGCCGGUGGUGACACGACGAUCCACCUUUGGGAUUUUGGUGCUCAGUAA